AUAACCUGAGGUGAUGGGAGGAGAGCAAUGAAAGCCAACCUCGUUAUCAGGGUUUUCUCAAGAGAGAGGACUCUGGGAACGAGGUUGGAAUGAACAGUCGUUUGUGUCUGUCCCAUAAUCUGUCUUUAAUCUGAGAUAUGAUAAAAAGGUGCGCGUUGAAUGACGUCGGUUAGACAGCGUGAUCCUAUGAACAUCCAUUCUUGGAACCUCAGUGGACUUUGGUCUUCAUAUAUGCUAUCGCACGAUUAUUUUUCUACAGUCAAAACUAUGCUAUCUAACAUAUUAUUUGCCGGUGAAGUCCAUGUUUGACAUUGGUUAAGAUUAUAGUAAAAUUUAUCGCUCAGUGUUUUACAACGGCAGCUCGUAAAACCCCGUAAAGGCCGGUCCGUGAAGCCGGUGGAGAGAAAAUCAGACCUUGCCGAAUCUUCAGAUUUAUUGCCAUGCCAGCGGUAAGCUCUACUUCACGCAUGCGGGGGAAUUUAAAUAAUGGCGCACGCGCUCAAACUUCCAAGCUUUGCAUAGCGUGCACCAUUCAAUAAUAUCAAACUUUUUUAUUUGUGUCCGCUUUCUUUGUAAAGCGAGAUUUCCGCUCAUGUUGUAUGGUAGACAUGCGAAUAGAUGAUUCAACGGUUAGUCCCACUAGGGACGAGGACAGGGGCAUGAUUUUGACGUCGAGUUCGGAGACAACAUUGAACAAAUCAAGCGUUCAAACUGUGGGUUGUGGAGACAAUUGCUUGAAUGGCAUUAAAAGGCCGCCCGAACAUCGCACAAAGACUACGGGUAAAGGAGGUAAAGGAGAGUUUAUUUUCAACGGCCUAACGCAUAAUCCCUCCUUAGUUACUCACGGUGGAAGAACGCUUAAAAAGCCCGCUCGUUACAUGGAGUCAGACUCUGAAGACGAGCGAAGUUCACGGAGGAAGUUUCAUUCGGUGAAGAGGAAGCGUCUGUUGUCAGAUUCUUCGCGUCCUAAAUGUAAGAAUGGCCGAACAAAGUCUAUAGAAAGAGACUCUUCUCUUUUAUUGUCGAAUCAUGAAAUGGAAGGAAGACUGAUGUCUCCUAAACGGCAAAACGGUGAGAGCACAAAUUUGGAGUACGGUAUAGCUGGCCUUGUCUCGCCUUCUGGCAUAGUUAGUUCUUUGUCAUCAACAUGUAAGCUUAAUAAUUCUCGUAGUCAAUCAUCUGAAACUGUUUGCCUGAAAAGGACGCCAAGUGAUCUUCAAACGGAGAAUGAGAGUUCAAAUUCCAGCGAGACUCCUUCCAAGCGAAGGAGAGGUAGACCUCCAAAGAAUCUAACACAGUCUUUCGAGAAAUUACAUUCAGUUGACAUUCGUUCGCCACAUGGCAAUUGUGAUACAAGUGCCACGAAAGCAUCUCUCGCGUCACCUUCAACUUCAAAAUUUUGUAAGAAAAGAAAACUGUCGAAAGGCAUACGCAAUUUGCAAAAGGGCUGUUUGUCGUCAAGUAGUGAUGAAAACGAAUCCGCGACAGCAACUCCCAGGAGAAGAGGUCGACCGCCGAAGAAAUUGUUAUCAAGUUGCGAAACAAAACACAAAAUAUUCCGGACACAAAAUGGCGUGAAAAAACCUUGGGUGCGGCCUCUUUUGAAAGCAGUCGACAAACGUUCAUUGCUGAAACCUUCAAAAGAAUCCCUGGACUAUUUGCUGCACUCACCGGAAGCAUUUAUGACCAAGGUGAACUCGAAGUUUGUAGGAGUGAAUGGUUGCAGACUUCUGUCCCCUGGCAAAGAGGUGAAACGUAAACGUGGUCGUCCACCUAAGCCGAAACCUGAACCGUCGUUUGAUUCAGACAAGAUUGAAAGUGAUGCUUUUCAUUUUACCGGAGAGGACGAGCAAAACGAUGGCUCACCAACGUUGAAACGUAAGCUGAAGAAGUUGGAGUCACAAAGAAAGGAGGACAAGAGACCACUUGUGGCUUCUGCUUUGAAAAAGAGAGCUAUUGCAGAGAAACUUAAACGUAAAGCUUUAAAUAAAGCCAGGAAAAAUCUUAAGGUAAGAAGUGAACUGAAUGUAUCUCAAAGUGACUGUGAACCAGUGAUGGGAACUGAGCAAAGUUCUGACAAUGUUCACAAACGUAGAAGAAGAAACAAAGCUGACAAAAUUCUUGGAAUGAGACGAAAUCUCUCAGGCAUGUAUGAGUAUUUAGUCCAGUGGAAAGAUGGAACCAGCUCAUGGGCUCCAUCUGAUGAAUUGGCUGAUUAUGAACUAGACUUCAAAUGUUUCCUUGGUCAUGACUGUCAAGAUGUGACAGUUGUAAACAGAUUAUCGUACCAUGCAUACUGGAAGGAUGACUUGAUCGAGUAUCAUAGUAAACAAUCUGAAAUUGACAGAUGGUUAUCAAAUGAUGAUUCUCAUUUAGUGCAAGUCAAUUUGAAGAAAACAAACUGUGCACAAGUUGAUGCAUCUGAUCCUUGUGAGAAACGUUUUAUCUGCAAAGAAGUGUCCGUUCAAAAAUUGGAUGAUUGUCUUCAUGUCACUGUUGGGCGAUCCACAAGCAAGAGGAGAAAAAUUAAUCAGAGAAUUGUAGACUCGCUUACUCUUGUUAUGGAGGAUGCGGCUACCGACCAAUCAGAGUUUGUUGUUAUCAGUGGCUUAGGAGAGGAGACUUUCUGUGGUGUUGAUCUUAAAGAUCUCACAACAGUGCCGUGUGAGGAGGAACCAAAACAUUACAGACAGGAUGUGGAUAAAAUAAGGUAUCUGGCCCAGGUUAUGAUUGAUUUUCCAAAGCCAAUAGUUGCUGCUUUGAAGAAGCCAGCUCAAGGACUGGGAGCAAAGCUUGUGUCUCUUUGUGAUUUGGUUUGUGAUGAGGCAUCUCUGGGUGAGCCAGUUAGCCUUCAGAAUGUUUCCAAGGGUCGUGUUCCUUAUGGUUUUGCAAAGCUCAUGGGGCACACAUCAAUAAAUGAACAAAUCCUUGUUGGGCACAAAGUCCCCACUUCUCAGUUAGACUGUUUGAGUUCUGCAUCGGAAGUCUUCAAUCACACACGUUACACUGCCACUUUGUCAGCAACUCUAAAGGCCAUGAGUGUGCCAAAUGGGAUGUUGUAUGAUGACUGUUUACAGAUAGAAUGCAGCACAGAUGCACUCUCAGAGAUGGAGCAACAGCUGCUUCAAGAGGAGAGAAAAGCCAGGAGUGAAUGUAUUGAUGAGAUGAAGGCACUUUGGAAAGACGUGUUAUCUCAAGAGGAAUACAAUGUGUAGGCAAAUGUAGAUACUCACCUAGUUACAAUUUGCUGUGGUCGCUACAUUCCAUGUUUUGCAUCUAGUACAUGUGUAGGUAAUUAUUUAGUGCCAGCAGCUACGAUAUUUAGAAAACGCUAUGUAAGAAAGUGCGCACUAAAAACUUGUUCCCAAAAUUACAGUCACCUCUUUUUUCAGUGUUUUCUGAAAGAAAUUAAUAGAGUAUAUUUCUCUGUGUUAGUAUUGAGUUGUUGAAACAAAACUUGAUAGAAACAUGGAAAAUGUUUUCUUUUGUAAAAUGAUGUAACUUUUGAAACCUGAAAGGAUUAAGCAUUUCCAGCAGAGAUUUUUGUGAUACUUGCUGUAGAAGAACAGGUUUGUAAUUGCGCACAAAAUUACCUUUGAAAGAAAGAAAUACUACAUGUAACAGGUCAUGUCUUGGAGGUAUGACGGCUGCUCUCUGUGUAAUUAGCAAUGGACACUCGCUCAUGUUCCUCUCAUAGUUUGUUCUUCAUUGUUAUAUAUAAGGUACUCUCUAAUUCUCAACAUGACCAAUUGUAUAGUAAAAGCUGCUACAAUAGAGCUUGUUUUUGAUAGAGAUUAUUUCUUUUUUGUGACUCCCCUUUGUAUAGAGAUUGUAAUAUUAUUGUUAGCAACGAUUUGUAGUGGGUUUGCAGAUACUUAAAAUGUUAAGUGACAAAACAAGAUUUGGUCCUCACAGUAUUUCCUCAUACGUGCAUACAAAAUAUAAAAUACAUAUCCACUCACCUGGAGUUUAUGAUGAUCAUGAAAUAUUAUUUUAUGGUGAUUGAUGCCAAAAUCUAGCAAAUUAAUUUAUAAAAUUUAACAUGUCCUUGUAAAGUAUAAAAAAAUGUCAGGUUCCAUUUGUUGAUUCUCCCAACCAAAUCUCAGAAACUUUUAUUUCAUAAAUGUUACAAUGACCACAAAAAGUAUUGAGAAAAUUAUUACAUCUUUGUGAUUCCUGCUCUAGUAACAGUCAUAUAAGAUUCAGAAAUCACAAGUUAAACUCUUGCAUGCAUUUAUUAAGGAGGCCAACGAAUUCUCAUAAAAUCUUUCUCAGUUUUCUGGAGAUCAAAGCUAAAUACUGCAAUGUUCACUAAAUAAAAUGUACUGAAUAGUCAGUUCAUAUCUAGGAGCACUAUGCAUCAGUGAUACAUGGACAAACUUAUUAAGUAUCUUAACUUAUAGAAUUGAAUUUAUGAACCCUAUAAAAAACUCAAGCAAUGACAAGAAUUUGUUAGGAAACAAGGAUGUGUAGUAUAAUAUAUUUUGAAUGAAGAGGUUGACAUGAAAAUAACACCAGUAUGAAGUUGAGCUUACUUCAAAACUUUUGCAAACACCUUGUUGCAACUUCUUCUGACAGUGAAGUCUUGUUCAUCCACAGAGAAAUUUGUUGAAAUACGAACUUAACUGAAAAGUAACUUGCCGAGAAACUUUGUGACCCUUUACAGUAGAGCCAUGUAUUUAUAUAAUAAUAGUUCUGUAUUUAUUGCCUGUCUUUCCUCACUUUGUCCUCUGUUGUAUAAUCCAGAAAUCGUUUAUCACGUUCUUGUGAAGACCUUAGCAAAUUAAAAAAAAAGUAAAUUCAUAUUUUUUGUGCAUUUUGUGUACCAUGUAUAGAUAGGCUUUUGAUAUUGUAAUGUUAUGUAUUGAAGAGCAGAUAUUAAAAGUGAACGAAACUUGUUUGAA